GAGAUCUUCGUAGGUGCGUCUUGUCUCAGGAGAGAGGCGAAGAAGUUUCUCCUCGCAUGCGUCUGUUAAAACGUUCAACUCAGCGUUGAGUGAGGACAGUCGCGCUGCUCGAGUCCAGUUGGAGACGAACAGUUCGUCCAGAAGCGCGCGCUGCACCGAGUUUUCAAGGAAGCAGAUUCGCACGGGACACGGAACGGGUUCUUCGAUUUCCUUCUCUAGCUCCCUCUUCCUCCUCCUCAUCAUUGGCAGCUGCUCCGCUUCACGACUCAGCACCUCGAUCUGAGCCUGGAACUUCCCAAUCUCGCGUCGCAGAUCUCGGUGCUUCUCCUUCAACAGAAUGAAGAAGUAGGUCGGAUCCGCUACCUGCCGGAGCGACACCGCUCGACUGCUUCCCGAAACAAGUAACCCUCUAGGCUCUAAGAUCUCAGGACAGGCAAAGCCUCCCCGAUGGCCAGUGACAGGUCGCUCGGAGGAUGUGCAGGCGAAAAACGGCGCUGGGGGGAAGUUGAAAAACAAGGGAAGAAAAAGCAAAUGCACAAAAUCACGAGGGAGCAAACACAAGACCCUAUUCCGGCCAUCGCCACUCGCAGGGCGUUGUUCGGCAACGCCGACCGAGCAACCGAUAAAGCUCCGCUUGUUGCAGGGCAUCCUCUUAUUUUAGCGUCUGCACUGGAAUGUUCCUGUGGAACAGCAGAACUCUGCGUGAACGGUUGGCACUGGGAAGGCGGCAGAAUAGCGCUGACCGCUCGAGACGGACAGAGAAAGGAAGGGCUGGCCGAGGUACUCGGCCGCCUCGCUCCUGGCGUAUUCUGAAAGAGAUUACUUUUCUCACUUAGCGUGCUCCGACUGGCAGAGGAGCGAAGCCUGGAAUAACAAAGGUCAGAAGACGGUAGCAUUUUUUGAGAGAGGCCGUGACCCAGGAACUCGGCACGCCAAUGAGGCGACUAAGUUAGCUGAGAAGACGAGCGAAACGGUUCCUCGUGCUCUAGUACGCUGCGCUCGAGAGUACUCUCUGACGACCGCUCGUGCAAACGCUACAUUACAAGAAGAGAACGCGAUUUUCGUUGUUUUCUGUUCCCCGUGACUUUCUGCCGGACUUGUCGCUAUUAAACUGCUGCAGCUGUUACAACCGAGAGAAUAAACCCGAGAGUUCACAUCGUCUUCGUCUCAUUUCAGAACUCCCUUGCACCCAGUUGAUGAGUGAGUGGGAUGCUGUGGCUGUACUGUAGCGAUUGCCGAACUGAGACAAACAACGAAAAGGAGGUUCUCAGCACCACGCUUGUUCGAGAUGAGCAACCUGCGGGCAUGUUCUGCUGUGAUGAAAUGACCAACUUAAUUGUAAUCCGGAACAGCGCGGCUAAUAGUCACCUAUGGCGUGUGAUUCUAGUUCCAGUCCUAUGUUGUCGAAGGAAGUCUGUCUUCAAAUGCAGCCAGUAAGCGUGUGGGUCCCGGAACGCGUGCAACCGUCUUUUCAUCGGUACGGGUGUGUAUACGUGGACGUUGGAAGGGACUUGUGUCUCGAUCGUGUCCUUCGUCAAACAGACUUGUACCCCGCGAGGCCGGCAAAAAGAUAUAUGGUAGAGCGUGACAGAUGUGGUUGUACUGCGAACUGAAGAACAUCCCGGCGGUGCGGAGAUCAUAAAAGAUAACAGUCCAGCCGGCAUGUCGACGCUGAUGGUUCGUGUUUGCCGCAGCGUCGAUUUGACGGUGCGUCCCUGUCUAUCACUGGUGCCCUCGCACUAGUGAUUGAAACCAGGCUAUGUCAGGAAAAAGCAAAAAUCAUUUUCGUCGUCCUCCACAGUGCAAUAAUCAAUCCCGACGAGGUUACGAGCUGCCUUUUGGCUACCGAGUUUCUCUCACCAUUGUAGUUGGUGUGCGCUGAUGCAAAACGAGGUGCAUGAAUUGCACAGCCGACGCACUCAGCAGCGAACGUAGGUAUCACAAGAAGACAGAUACAUGAUCGUUCUUUCGCUUUUCCCAAGUACACGAAGGCACCACUCGGUUUUUUCUCAAUGAGGGACCCGCAGGGACAUCGGGCGGCCUGUCGGUCGGAAGAUCUUUUCCAUCUCAUCUGGAAGCAGCAUUAUGAUGAGAGAAGACAGUAAGUCUGAUUGGGUUCCGUAAGCAGCCAUCAUGAUGGCACGUAAUGUGCUCUGUGACUAGUAGAAUACAGCGAAAGGCGAAGGCCCCACACUGUGUGUAUCUGGUUGACCGAGAAUACGGAUCUCUCCGCUGCACUAGAAUCUCUGUCGUGGUCCAUUCUGGUUUCGUCGAUUCGGCUUUGGCGCAGACUUUGGGGGCAGAAGUGUUUCAAGACUGGCUGCGUCACGAGGCUGCCCGACAGUCAAGAAAAAUCAUGUCUUGAGUGAAUAGCAGUUAGAAAAUCCCUUAGCAAGGUUCCGCGAGCAACGAAUUGCAUCUCAGAUACGCACGAAGAAAGAAAAUGCUUCAGGUGUCGCCUAUGGUGUGUCUCAGCUUAUGAUUUCUCCCUCGUGAUCAUGCAUAUCUUUCACCACCAAGUCCUCUUCACAGUUCGAUAAAUCUGCUUCUUCGAGCGUAUCUUUGUCAGACACGAUCCUUAUCAUUAGUACGACCUGCUCGAAUCCACCAAAGCCUACCAUUCUGACUUGGCUGCUUUACACGUGCUCGUGCCCUUGAACAACGUAGGGCUUCGCCGACCAGUGAGGCGGAAAGUCCCCGUGGCCAUCUGAAAAUUCGUCAGUUGUUGAGUCGGUGACGGUGACAGAAGACUGGAGCUCUAAGCGGCGCUGGUGCCGGCCUUCGAUAACCACUUUCAUAACCAACAAAAGUGCAUUUCUGAUGCUGUGAGUUUGUGCGGCUGACAUCUCCCCCAUAGUGUUUGCUAUGUCGUCCACUGAUGACAGUUUCGGUUUGGAACGAGGAAUGAAAUCUGAUCCGCGCUUUUAUCUUGGCGCAGUCGAACAUCACUCAGUGAAACGCGUGCAGCAGUCAGGGAAUAGCUAGUAGACUAUUUCUCUAAGGCUGCGGUGGUGAAUAUCGGUCGGCAAGGAGUCUUCUUCUCGUUUCUUGCCUGCUGUAAAGCCACAGUUACGAAUGAAGGUAAGCAAAAUCGUAGGGUUUAGAGCCUGCGGGUUGCUUUCCAACACAGCUCAAGGGAUUUUCUGUCAAACAGAAACACGGACACAGUACUACGCUGUGGUUCGCGCGUGCUUUAUCACUUCUUGUUUUGGAGGCGUCCACGAUCUGAGGCUCAACAACUUCCCAUUUCUGAACGGGAACCUGUUCCUCCCGAAGGUCGCGAAACGCACAAGUCUCCGUCUUAAGCCCCCUUGAAUGCCUUGCCGGUGUUGCCUGGGGGCUCAUCUUUGCAACAAGUCUCAAGGGGGGUGCUUCGGGAGCGAAUUCCGUGACUAGACUUGUCUCUCAAACAGAGGAAAGCAGGCUUUCCUCCAACUCUAAAGGAAUGAAGGAAAAUUUCGCUCGGUUUUCUCUUGCUGCGGCGCCUGUCGUUCGCCUCGACGGGAGACGCGCGCAUGCGCUGAGUCGCGUGCAUGCAAAAACGCGGAAACCCCGGUCAAGCUGUUAAAGAGUAUCGCGUUUUCCGGCCGUCAAUCGGUGCGUCGUCCGUCGGAGAUCUUUUCCUGUUCACGUUGACUUUGCUGGUGUGACGGAAUUCAGCAAGGACCUGAUCAGCUCGUUCCCUGCUUCGUUUUCUGGGCAGCUGAAUUGAGCGUGCCCGUCGCCGUGCAGUUUGUGCUGUGUCCCACGCCAGGACUCGCCCGCAUUCUUCCUGCCACUAUCGAUCCGCGAGAAAGCCUUCAAACUGCCGUUCGCUUUCUCUGCAUUCCCUGUUUGAGUCUGGGAUCCGCCGCAGCCUCUUCCCGACUGAAGGCGGCGCUCCCGUUCCACUCUGCCUGCGGUGCCGCGGAUUUGUUCUGAAGACAAAACCCUCGCGCUUCCAGCUGCUCUCGAGAGCUACAAUGGUGAAGAGUCAGAAAUCCGCUGUUGAUACGUCUGCCCUCCAGCACGAGGGAGGCGCGAAAGUCGAGCUGCGCCCCCGAAACCCAGGAGAAGCGCUCAAAGUUGCCAAGACGGUUCUGCGCCGCCGAGAACAGAACCUCGAGGAAAAAGCCGAGCGCGCAAAGAAGAUCCGCAGGCUGAAACGGAGGGAAGAUCGCGACUGCCAUAAGCAGGUCAUCAAGUCGGCACAGCACUUCGUGAAGCGCGCUCGUCUCCGCUCUGUCGACAACAAGAGAGUUGUCUUUGCAAAGAAAACCCCUGCGAGGAAGCCGAGAGAGCAAGCACGUCGCCCCCUCAUUCUGGUCGUGAGAAACGGAAGAGAGGGAGGCAGCCCUGAGGUCCAAGCAGGUCUCAAGAGACUCGGCCUUCGAAAACCUUUUUGGGGCACUGUUUUGCGUAACGACGAGGCGACGUCGCAGCAGAUGCGGCUGCUGGAUCCCUUCGUUUUUUACGGCUACCCCACUAUUCAGACGCUUCGCAAGUUGUUUCUCACGAGAGGGUGUCUGCGAAUCAACGACAAGGAGACUACAUCGUUGACAGACAACGCGAAGGUCGAAGAACAUCUGGGAGCCUAUGGCAUGCUCUGUGUCGAGGACGUGGUGCAGGAGCUCUGGACUGCAGGGAGACACUUCGAUGACAUCAAGCAACAUUUGUGCGCCUUCCAGCUGUCAAAUCUGAAGAAAGUCGAAGGACUGUACGCGCGGCGAAACGAAUUCGGGAACAUGCGCGAGGCGAUCAACAAGAAGAUCUGGAAGAUUGCAUAGAGCGUUCCUCUUCACCGACAAAGCAGGGACUGCGGAAGGACCCCCCUCGCGAAAAAAUCUCUCGGCAUUGCUGGCUACCCAACACACAACUUCGGUCUCGUUCCCUAUGUCUCACUCAGGACCUUCCAGUCUGAAAACGCGCUUCUGCGUGUCUUUCGCUCCUGCUGCGCAUCUGUUUUUUGAACCAGCCACACUCCUUUCUGUCGGUGCCGCCCUCUCGCUCCUGUGUUAAGGGGGCUGAUGACCUCAAAUCAACCGCCGCUGUGUGCCCCAGAGUUGAUUUCUCUUUUCCGGACUCGAUGUCUGGUCCUUCUGUGUCCUGGCGAUGCGUUUCUACUGGAUGGGAUGAUGCGUUCGCUGAAGUGUCGGACUUCUUAGUGAGACGGAAUUCACUGCUCAACUGCGAAUGGGGUGCGAGCGCUCUCCGCUGUCAGGUUCUGUAAUUUCUCUUUUCAAGGACUCUGUUCGGUGCGCCGCGCGCACACUUGCGCAACGCAUUGUUGACCAGAAAGAGUGUUUCGCUUGCCGUUCCACGGCAAACAACUGUUUUUGCCCCCGUUUUUGCGGCACUGUCAAAAACGACUUGGCUCCGAUACGGACCUGGUCUUCUCGGCCCUCAGUGCUUCAGUGUCUCGAAAGCCGCAGAGGGUACAUCCACC